CUGACGUCAUCUGCGUCGUUAAGUGUGCGACGGGGAGCUGCUGUAAUUUGACAGGAGCUGUCGUGAAAGAAGCGUGGACAGAAGAGGGGAUUUUAAAGCCCUUAAAGUAGAGGAACAUAUCCGUAUAUAGAUUCGUGAGGUGGACCAUAGCGAUGCAGUGCGACUGGCCUCUGUUGGGUCCGCUGCAGUGGAUGCGUUACGUCAACAAACAGGUGAAAGUGAAGGCAGGAAAAGAUGAAGAGCGCCGCGGCUGGCUGCUCACCGUGGACCCGGUGUCCGCCAGUCUGGUCCUGGUGGACUUCAAGGAGGAGGGGGGUGCUUCAGUGCAGGUCGUGAUGGGCCAUGCUGUGGAGGAGGUGGAGGUGCUGCAGGAGGCUAAUGAGGAGACCACACAGCGCCUCCAGAGCUCCUUCCUUCCCGCGAAGACCCGCAGGCUGGACCCGGAGGUUGAGGAGGAGAAGGAUGGCGUCCGGAGCUGGCUGGAGAAGAACCGGAUACCGGUGGAGGAGGAGGGGGAUGAACUGAGGGUGGCCGGGGUCCUGACCAUCACGCCCCCGUACGGACCUGAAGAUUGCUGCAGCUCUAACCAGAUCAUCCUGGACCGCAUCCAGAAACUGAUCCAGAGUGUGUUCCAGGUACAGCCAGAUCACACAGACGCUGAUCCAGACUGUCCAUCAACUAUGGAAGUAUGAAGAAACCCCUGAACAACAAACAGGCACAAACCAGAACAUGAAACUUAAUUUGACACCUGUCCGAAAUAUUACAUUUUUUACUUACAGUCUAUGAUUAAAACUACCAAUCCGAUUCCUACUGUGUCUCUACCAAUCAGAGGGAAGCAGCAGAUGUGACUGACAGUGUGUCUGAUGAGAUAUUUGUUCACGUUAAGUUGUUUUAUUAGUUGUGAUUAUGUUUUUUUUUGUUAAGGUUAAGUUAUUUUCUCUUUUUUUCAGUUUAAGUUUUGUGUUGUCAUUUUGGUUUGUGUUGACAAAAUAAAAGUCUUUCUUUUGUAUGCUACAGGAGACUGUUUGAAAUGCUUUUAUACCAAAUCAAUAUUUAUUGUGGAGAUAUGUUUACCAUACUUUGAUUAGACCUUUCAUAUCAAUCUAUGAAAAUGAUCAAUCUAUAUGUCAGAUAUCCUGUCCAUGAUAAAAUAGAUAAAAAAAACAUCUGCUCAGUUUCCAAAUCACACAGGUUUUCAGGUUGUUUAAAAUUAAAAUGAGAAAAAAUCCAUAUUAAAAUAUUUGAUAAAUUAACUAAUUGCUUGAGCUCUAUUUGACAGUUUGUAAUACUGUAUACAUGUGUCGUUAAGUCUGGAAGAGCAGUGGAUAUUUGUGUAUAAUAACUGAACAUACAAUUUCUUUAUUUGACAGCAGCGAUACAGGUGGAGUUGUAGCAAUGCAGAUACAUGUUCUGUGUCCAUUGAUUGUUUAUUUUAAUCUUUUUAUUCAUAUGAGAGUUUAAUCAGACACCUGCCUUUUUAAAAGUAUUGGUAUGGAGGAGUAUUAGGGCCAGGCAUAAGAGGGUAAAAACUACUAGAGAUGUUUUUUGGGUUUUUUUGUAUUCUAAAAAUAAAGUUUUAAUGUCUGUAUUCUUGAAA